AUGACCAAGAAAGUUCGUUGGCGGAGACUUUUUCGAUGUGGACUAUGCUUUGCAGUAACAGUGGGCCUGAUGAAUUAUUUCAUACCCUCUUUAGACCAGGCAGUACAAACAAGUCAUCGUCAAAUAGAUCUUAGGAAAUAUCAAAGCAACUUUCCCAUCCUGUCCCCUUCCAUUGAACCACGAGUUACCGACUUCGAAGACUUAUUCGUUCUGGUGAUAGUUUCAAUUACGCCCAACGAUGAGAUGAAAAGAAGAGAUACAAUACGUCGCACAUGGGGGAAUUGUGACAAAACUAACAACAAUAAUAAAUGGAAGGUUGUAUUCAUGAUGGGCAAAUCCUCGAGUAGCGACAGGAAUGAAAAAUUAAUGGCAGAACACAAACGGUAUGGAGAUCUUCUCAUAGCUGAUUACAUCGACAAGUAUCGAAACAUCACGACAAAACUUCUCAUGUCAUUUAAGUGGGCGACGCGAAUUAAAUGUAACUAUAUUCUGAAAACUGACAGCGAUGUUUACGUUGACGUUCCCAAGUUAAUAGAAUGGUUGCUGAAUCGAGGCCAUCCAAACUCUCUGUACGCUGGCAUUCUGCACGGAGGCACUGUAAUAAGAAAGAGGGGGCAUCGUCAUUACGUGAGUAAAGACGAAUUUUCGUUAGACUAUUAUCCACCGUUUUGCAAAGGAGCUAUGUAUGUUCUGUCAACGAGUUUACUUCCAAAGAUGCUCGACUUAUCAAGGCAGGUCACUCGAAUUGGACCUGAUGAUGCUUACGUUGGACUGUUAGCAGAUCAGCUGGGAAUAUCUGCAGUGAGAAUUGAAGGUUUUUUUCAAAAAAGACCUAACUUUUUGUGGUUGAUAAGUGAAUGUGAGUUGAGAGAUCUCCUUGCGAUUGGUGAUUUUCUUACUCCAAGUCAAUUGAACUACAUUCAUGGAGUGAAGCAUGCUAAGACUUCUGGGCAGGGGUUCGACGCCUCUCACAGUCUUUGUAUAUCUCUGUACAUGAAAUUGUCCCUGCUUCGAUUAUUCUGUGUAAUCUGUUUAACCUGUCUGGUGAUUUUCGGCUAUAGAAGAUUUGAUAAGUAG